UUUGCUGCGUCAUUUGAGCGUCAAGCACCGCCUACGCGGCUUUCCUCCUGGGUGUACUGUUGUGAAUAACGAGCGAACCCUGUGUGAACCGGGCAAGGUGGUGAAUGUCUCUCUGGAAACCAAUUGUCUGUGUCACUAGUUUAUUCAUAGGCACGUAAAUGAAAAUGAAAGUUAUUACUGGCGAGAUUAGAGGACUCGGAAGCAGCAAUGUGUUAGACUUAGAGACAAAAGAGACAUUUAUAUCGCUGCAUUUAGCCCAAAAUAGCGUCACUGCGAUCAGCACUUCCGGUUUUUGGUGAUUUAAGAAAGAUGACUGCCGUCUAAAACGCUCUGUAUGUAGAUGCGUGUACUUUGGUGACAAGUACGUAUCGUGUAGUACACAUUUCAGUUCAACUGCAGGGAGUUGUACUUUUUUAGGCUGUAUCUGUGGAAUGAAGAGGAAAAGCAACGUCUAUGGGCGUUUUCCAGAGCACUGAAUCCCCUUCUCUCCGGAUCAAGUCUUCAGAAGAAAAGAUCUCGUCUACUGACGAAGAUAUGUUCCCUCUGCCACUAGAGAUCUUGGAAGAGAUCUUCCUGAAUCUUCCUCGCAAUCAGGUGGUUCUUACUUGUCGGUUGGUGUGCUCUCGGUGGAAAGUAGUGGCCGACAGUGAAUCUCUGUGGAAGGAGAGGUGUAGAAGAGAAGGCUUGCACCUCCGCGAUGGCUCCAGGAUACCAGAGGACUGGAGAUUGUUUUACUUCUUGUGCAAGAAGAGGAGGAAUCUGAUCAAGAAUCCGAAAGGGGACCGCAAAAUGGAGGACUGGGUGAUACAGGAGAAUGGUGGUGAUGGGUGGAAACUGGAGAAACCAAUGGUUCCUCAUCCAAAUAAGACAGUCCUGAAGAACUUUGUGACCUCCUACGGCAUGUGCAGGAAGGUCCAGCUGAUUGAUUUGGUGAAGGAAGGUUACAGCCCAGUGUUUAUGGACACAUUCCAGCCACACAUCAAAAUAUCUGAUUGGUACGCACCACGGUCGGACUGUGGCAGUCAGUACGACAUCUGUGUUGAGUUGCUCGAUGAGAAAAAGAAUCGCAUCCAGGCAUUUGCGCCGGAGACCGUUGUCUUUGAGCAGUGGAAUAAUCGGAAAUGGAAUCAGGUCACUCAUGUUUUCCAGAACUACGGCCCGGGUGUGAGAUUCGUCAGGUUCACUCACGGGGGAAAGGACACUCAGUUUUGGGCGGGGUGGUAUGGUAUACGUGUCACUGACAGCUGUGUUGAGAUUUGUCCUGCAGAGUGCUAAUAGUUACCAUCCAACAUCGACUGCCUGUAAUCCCAAUUUGCAUAUUAUGUUUAGACUUAACUUGUCAUUUCGCUAAAGAUGUAUAGUUUGUAAAGUAAUCAAACGUUUCUCCAAGAAGUUCUCCCUUUACCUGGAACUAAUCAAUUCCUCAUCAUGUUAGCUAGUUCAAACAUUGGUCAGGUCUCAGGUCUUAAGUGGCAUUGUGUCACAGUUCAAUGAACUAUGUAUAGAACCAAAGGAGAUUUAAGGACAUCUCUGUUCUGAGGAUUAUCUUCUCUCUUUGCUAAUCGCAGGCUGGUGAUUGAAUAAUAAUGUGUAUUUGUACUUUGUACGUCUGCCAGUUGAUUGGAAAGCAUCAACUGAAAGUAUGUAAACCCUGCAAAGCUUUGCACAACAGUCGGUGGCUUGCACUACUGGAGGGAUCUUAGCACUAGUGUGCCAGAAGUUCCAAUGUCUCAAAAGUAUGUCAUGCAUUUUGUCUUAUGUAAAACUAAAAUGUAACAUUAAACAAAACCAUCAUAUAAA